CGCUGUCUGUGCAGCCUGACACUAAACUCACAACUGUGUCUAAACCCAAAACCAUACUCUAACCUAAACCUUAUAGGGACUUCCAGUUUGUCUAAUCCAAACACACACACACAAACACACACACACACACACACACACACACACACACACACACACACACACACUCAGCAGAGGGUUGGAGGGAGGACCUCCGCUCACACUGAAGGCAGAAGGAAACUGAAGCAUCUCCAGUCGUCGGUCUUCAGGCAGCAGGAUGGAGGUUCACAGCGUCCGGAGGAUUGUGGUUGUUGCGGUUCUGUUGCUGGUUUCUGUGGAGCGUUCUGAGUGUGAGCGGUGUUUUGCGCGUCUCAACUGGGGUCAGUGUGGUGAAGAGAUCGGUGAGUUGGAUAUAGACGACUGCUGUCAGAACGUUAAAUACGGUUACCAGACAGCAGACGGAGUGUGUCACAGCUGUGGUCCACCACAGUGGUCUGAAUGGUCCCCGUGGUCGUACUGUAACGUCCUUUGUGGGGACGGAGUGACGCAGAGGAAGAGGACGUGUUUUGCUUUCGGCCUAUCAGAGUGCGAGAAUGCUGAGGACAAACUGCAGACGCGACCCUGCGCGGGCAGCUGCUGCGACGCUAAGGGGUGGGGCUUGUGGCUCAGCUGGUCGGCGUGCUCGGUGUCCUGUGGAGAAGGCGGAGUCAGGAAGAGAACCAGAGUCUGCUCCGACCCUCCUGAGUGUCAGUCGGCCUGCAGCGGCUCUUCAGAGGAGACAGAGAGCUGUCCACCGCUCACCUGUCCAGUUCAUGGCGGUUGGUCCAGUUGGUCCGGUUGGUCUCAGUGUUCUGGGUCGUGUAUCGAUGACCAGCGCGGUGACGCCACCCCCCCCACCAAGAGGCGAUAUCGUUCCUGCUCUAACCCCGCCCCCUCCGGUGACACAGUUCCACAUGGCAACAGUUGCCCUGGAGACGAAGUCCAGGUCCAGGACUGCAGCGAACUCCCAAACUGUCCAGUGGACGGCAGCUGGGGGGCGUGGUCUCCGUCCGGGACGUGCUCCGUCCCCUGUGGGGAGGGGCUUCAGCUGGCAGUCAGGAAGUGCAAUCAACCCACCCCUAAAUAUGGCGGCCGUUUCUGUGAGGGACAGAGCACCCGGACCAGCGUCUGUGAGAACACCUGUCCUGUGGAUGGGUUCUGGUCCGGUUGGUCCACUUGGAGCGAGUGUUCUUCUUCCUGUAUACAAGACCGAGUCCCAGUCAGGACUCGCCACCGCUCCUGCUCCAACCCCGCCCCUUCAUCCAGCCCCCCCGGUAGAGGUUGCCAGGGUGACGACAGGCAGAUGGAUAACUGCAACAACCUGCCUCACUGCGCAGUGGACGGAGGUUGGGGGUCUUGGUCUGCCUUCUCUUCCUGUCCGGUUUCCUGUGGGGUGGGGCUUCAGGUGUCAGUCAGGGAAUGUAACAGCCCCGCCCCCAACCACGGCGGCCAGCCAUGUCCUGGAGACGGACGUCGAACCAGCAUCUGUAAGACCGACGUCUACUGUCCAGUGGACGGGGUGUGGUCACAGUGGUCGCCAUGGAGUUCGUGUAAAAACCCGUUUCAUAAGAAUAAACGAAUCAGGUGCGAGCGGCUGAGCGGAGGUCAGACCCGAGAGCGGCAGUGUCUCCAUCAAAACCACGGUGGCGCCGUCUGCACCAACGGCACUCUGACAGAGACACGGGCCUGUUAUGAUGUCACCGGCUGUCCCAUGAAGGGCACCUGGGAGGGCUGGGAGUCGUGGAGCCUGUGCACGCCGCCCUGUGGAGGGACCUCGCAGCGCAGCAGGAGGAGAAUCUGUGAUCCUGACUACAGCCGAUACAGUCUGACCAUCGGACCAAAGAGGGUGCCGGCGACGUUCUUCGGGACUCCGUGUGCCAAAUGCAAAGAGGGGCCCAACUGUGGGGAGGAGCUGGAAACGCAGCCCUGCGUCAACGCUCCUGCCUGCACCUAACAGUCAGUCCACUGGUUCCCAACAUAGGGGUCAGGGCCCUCUGAAGGGUCACCACUGAAUCAUUUCAACAGUUAUUCAAAUAAAUCUGUGACCAACUACACACUGAUUUUAUAUAAAAGACACAACUACCAAUGUUUGUAUAAACUUGUCUUUUUUAUAUAAAAUAUUAAAUUCAGUUUUCUUUGUAUAGAUCCAAAUCCUAAUCCAAAACUUGAUGAGAAGACUGAACUUCUGUCCUUUAGGAUUUAGUACCGGAGCACCCGAGUGGAUGAACUUGAAAAGUGUUUGAUGUUGUUUACAACUACGUCAUCAAUAUCAGGAUUGGAGUGUGCUCAGUUGAUUGUCACCAUAGAAGCAACAUUUUAUCUUUGGUUUGUUCUCUGAAAUAAACGUGUAUAUUGAAAUAUUAAA